AUGUCUUGCCCAGUGCAAAAGGACCCGACUCGCCAACUCCGGCCUUCAACGAAGACGGCUCCGCCUGACGUCUCCGCCCGACUACUCCAGAAACCGAUCUUGAAGGGCUCCUCAACCAUCGACAUGAUGCACAAUAUCGUUGAGUUGCUUGGGACGCCGUUGGAGGCGGAUGUCGACGCCAUGCAGGCACCCUAUGGGCACAUGUCCUUGGGCCAGUUGCCCAUCUCCUUGCCCACCUUGACCUUUGCGGAGAUGAUUCCCAACUGCCCACCCGUGCUGAACGACCUCUUGGAGCUCUGCUUUCAGUGGAAUCCCAUGAAGCGGCUGACGGCCUUGGAGGCUUUACGACAUCCAUAUUUGUCUGCCUUCCAUGACCCCGAUGCUGAACCAGUCUUUGGGCAACGCUUGGAGCUCACCCUUCCGGACAAUCACAAGUUUACCACGUCGCAGUACCGCGACCAGAUGUACGCCGACAUCAUUGGACUGGAGCAAGCCAUGAAGAGAAUUGAUGAGAAUCGUAAAGCCCAAGCGAUACUGGAACAGGAAUGGGAGGAGCAAGACAUACCAUGA